CCUCUUACCAGAUGGCGCAGAACGGACCAAGAAGUAACUCGCGAGUCCGCGGGUUUCUUGCUUAGUCGAUUGUCUACUGUUUAAGUCUCCACGCGCGCGUGUUACGUUUCCUAGCAUUUACGUCGACUUCAACGGGCGGUGAGACGACGAACCCGCGGAUUUUUCAACGAAAAUGUAAGCCGAUGUCGUGUACGUGAAAGUGCCUCGAAAAAAAACCGCAAAAUGCAGGCGUCGACCGAAGCGAACCUAAUUUGUGACAAGCAAGAUCUGCCUAAAACCCAGGACGUUAACGCCACACUAAAUCUCGCAAUGCUCCAGGAGAAUUUUUUGCAAAGGUCGAUACAAAAUGUGGCGUUGUCGUUGCAAAAUGCGAUGAUGAAUUCUUUACAGCAGGCGGCGCUUCUACCCCCGAAUUCUGCGGCGGCCGCCGCUUUAAAUCUGCAAGCUCUGGAAUCGUACAUCACGCUUCAGCGGCUGACUUCCGUUUCCGCGGCAAAUACAGGAAACGGUAACAAUCGCAUUGACAUUCUUAAAUUAGCAACGAGUAGUGCUAAAAUCAGUGAAGAAAGCGUUAGUGAGGAUAGUGUGCAUAACACCAGUUUGACGGAGGACGUCGACUUGGCUGAGGAAGUCGAGGAGGAUUUGGCGCUGCUUGACAAUGACGACGCGCUUAAUUUUCCGAUUGCCUCGUCGCCGGUCGACACGAGCUACCCCAGCAUGAUUAUGAACUCUCUGUACAAUAACCAAAGCGCAUCGGGCGUCGUGACGACCUCGCAGGCGGCGACCACGACGACCACGACAACACCUGCCGGCGUACGACCGAAGAGUUCGUCGCGCCCCAAAAAACAAUUUAUAUGCAAGUUCUGCAGUCGCCAGUUUACUAAAAGCUAUAACCUACUGAUACACGAACGGACACACACCGACGAAAGGCCGUACUCGUGCGACAUCUGCGGGAAGGCGUUCAGACGGCAGGACCAUCUUCGGGAUCAUAGGUACAUCCACAGUAAGGAGAAGCCCUUCAAGUGCGCCGAAUGUGGAAAGGGAUUUUGCCAAAGUCGAACGCUAGCAGUUCACAAGAUUCUCCACAUGGAGGAAUCGCCACACAAGUGUCCCGUCUGCAGUCGUUCGUUCAAUCAGCGUUCGAACCUCAAGACUCACCUCUUAACCCACACUGACAUCAAACCGUACAACUGUUCGGCGUGCGGAAAGGUGUUCAGAAGAAACUGUGAUUUGCGUAGGCAUAGUUUAACUCACAAUUUGGGGACGGCCGGUAACGGAUCGGUGAUGGCGACGUCCCCGCUUUUAGGUAAUCAAAACUUUAGUAUCGAUUCUCUUAUAAGUACGACGUCGAAAUAGUGAAUGUAAAUAUGAUACGUACGACCUGUAUACGACGAUAUGUAAAUUUUAUGCUUAUGCGUGUAUAGAUAAAAUAAAAGAAAACUGAACAAUC